GUGUCUUGCAUUUUUCUUAAGACUUUCUGUGACAGGUGAGGGCUCGCGCGUCGCUCUUUAUUGGAACCAAACAAAGAAAUCGUCCAUGGCGCCGCGGUGCUGUGCUACUUCAUACUUCACGCCAUUAGUACUAGAUUAAGGUUUAAAUUAAAAUUUCCAUGAUGGGGGAUGGAAUGUUGUCGCUGUCAUGGAACAACCACAGCACCACAUUCUGUCACAUGCUCUCAGCUUUAAGGCUAAAGGAGAGGUACACAGAUGCCACUGUUGCAUGUGAAGGCAAAUUCUACCCAGUGCACAAACUGGUGCUGUCAACCUGCAGUCAGUACUUUGAGGAAAUGUUUGAGCACACAGCAGGCAAGCAUCCAGUUGUGCUGCUGCAGGACGUGAGGCGCGAUGAGCUGGAGGCGCUGCUGAGUUACAUGUAUGCAGGCAUUGUGAGCGUGGCGCAGCGAGACCUCUCCAGGCUGAUCAAGGUGGCUGAACUCCUCCAAAUCAAGGGGCUUGCUGUGCCAGAUGAAAUACCAGUGGAGAAGAGGAGUAAAGCGAGUAUUGGCCUCUCCAGCAGUGCUGAGAAAGCAUCCUCCAAGUCUCAGGCAUGUGAUGCAAGUGACGACCGGAGCAGCCCGCAUCCAAAGAGAAGGAGAAGGGGGGAUAGUGAGGAGUCCUUACAAACCAGGUCAGAAUCUCCCAACACCCACUACAAUCCAGUGUCCCAGGAAUGCUAUAAAGCUGAUUACCACAGUCAAGAACCUGCAGUAGAGGAGGCCACCCAUAGACUAGAGGAGGCGAGUUCUGACCCCUGUGAUGGAGACAUGGAGGAGCAUGACAAGAAGGGCCACUCCGAGAAGGCAAAGCACAUAGAGAGCAGCCAGAGCAGUGACAGAUACCAAACACACACUCAGGACUCCUCCAGAAGCCAGUACAAGGAUGGAGGGGAGGAGGCCAUAGUUAUUAAGGAAGAGACAUGGGAGGAUGCCAGCGAGCAGCCCUCCUCCAACUCUCUAGGUGGGGGCAUGGAGUACUGUGGGGGCCUGCCAGCAGAUCCACCAGCAGAGGGUAGUACUCAGGAGGAUAAAGGUAGACUCAUGAUGCCUGCCAAGGACUAUGAAGACCAGAGUCACCAGACCCAGCUGCCCCCUCAGGCUCUUCCGGAGGUGGUGGUAGAGGCUCUGGCAGGACCCUCAGGCAUGCACGAGUGGCUUGGAGGCAGUGAGUUUAGUGGAGGAAUAGCUACCUCAGAUAGCUAUGGCGGUGAGGGCAGCCCGCCUCAGAACCCAGUGGCAAAAGAAAGCAGAGGGAGACAUGUUGGAGAAGCUGUAGAAGGAUCCACAGGCCGCAGAGGAGCAAGACUCAACACAGGCGCCAAGUUGCACCACUGCACCUACUGCUCUUACUCCACCUACAGAAAAGACCAUCUAAAGAUACACAUCCGCACGCACACAGGAGAAAGACCUUAUGGAUGCCCCCAUUGCCCUUCGCGGUUUGUUCAGACCAAUGCCCUCCGCAAACACCUUAUGAUUCAUUCCCGGGACAGAUCAUCUCUGCACAGAUGCACCCUUUGUCCCUUCUCCACAUCUAGGAAAGAUGCUCUCAUCCUCCACCUGUGUACACAUGCUGAAGAUAAGUCACUGCUGUGCAAGUUCUGCAAUGUCCAGUUCUCGGACAGCAAUGUUUUCCAGGCCCACAUCCGCACUCAUGCCCAAGAACGAGUGUUGCAGUGUUCCCACUGUCCCCAAACCUUCAAACACCAAAAAGCCCUCACUGCUCACAUGGAGACACACCAAUACACACGGCAUAAAUGGCUUUUUGUCGACUACGUCAGACAGUCUUGCAAGUUGCAACUGUGCAUGUUUGGUGUUCAGUGUACAUCAUUCCUCAGCCCUGAUGAGACACUGCUUGUCCCCAACAGCAUGGACAGCAGUCUGGGGGCAGGAGAGUGGUGUCCCACAGGAGCUUCACCACCAACAGAAGGCACAAGUGCACUUAUUGCUCGUAUUCGACAGCCAGAAAACACAGCAGGCGUGGAGGGUGACACCCAGCGAGAGGGAGGAGCAGGGACUGGCGAGCGAAAUGUACGGGAGGUACACCAGUGUCCUUGCUGCUCAUAUAUAACUCCUCGGAAAGACCACAUGAAGGAGCAUAUCCGCACUCACACUGGAGAGAAGCCAUUUUCCUGCCCACAUUGCCCCUACCGGACUGCCAAGAACAGCGACAUACACAGACACAUGCAGACACACACUGGAGAAAAACCCUUUGCCUGCUCCCAGUGUACAUUCCGUACAUCACGAAGAGUCAACCUCAAGAACCACCUCCGCACACACUCCGAUGGCAGUUCGAGCAAGGAGUUUGCCUGUCCCACAUGUGACUACAGAUGCAGUCGGCAGUGGGCCCUCACACGCCACCUGCAGACUCAUGCUCACACCUGUCCCUACUGCCAAGCAUGUUUCCCCCGCAAGUCACAGCUCACAGUUCACCUCCAGUCCCACAUACAGUAGCAGUAGCUUGCCUUCUUUCUAGCUGCCUUCUCUAACCAUAGUGAAAAGACAGUCAGGUUGAGGAAUUUUUAUUCUUUGUUACAUAGUUGAUGCACAUUCUUCCUGAUGGAGGGAGACUAAGAUUUGUAGAUGGCAUUCACAUCAUUACCUCACUCAAACUGUUAGCAACUAUUCAUAAUAUAUAUAUAGUGUCUAAAUGCACAAACAUUUUAUUGCUUUAUCAUUGGUGACAUAUGGUCUUUCAUAUAUAAGCUGUCCAUAGAUGUUAUGGUUGAUAUUUUUAUAAAGGAGAAUUUUCUUAGACCAUAUAUGUGGAUUCCAGAUAUUCAUGUCAUUUCCUAUAAGUUAAAAGUUAUUCAUAUGAAUGGUACAAAGUGAAGUAGAAAACUGGUUACUCUCAUGUCAUUCUAAAGCAUAAUCACCCUUGCCUUCAAUUCAUCUUUAUUGAAAAUACGUGUUCUGUCUUGUGAAAUUGUCAUUUAUAUCUAUAAAUAAUAUUUGAUAUCAAAGAUGUUCCUAUGCAAAUCCAUAAUUUUUGUUUCAGGGUUAGUUAUUUAUGUACAUUCUAUUAUUUUGAAAAUAAAUUGAAUUUUAAUAUGAAA